UACACUCUUUUACUUUUAUAUGUACAUAUGAAGCUUUUAAAGACAGGCUGUGGAAUCUGGCCAGGGCUACCUACAUGGGGAGGUUUAAAACCCUUAUGGAAGAGUUCAAGAAAGAGGAUGGGCCAUCUUUUAAGUGGCUUGCUAAGCGUGAACCCUACCACUAGUCUUGAUCACAUUUUAGUUUCGCCCCAAAUUGUGACAUGCUGUUGAACAACAUGUGUGAGUCAUUCAAUGCUGCAAUACUAGAUGCUAGGGACAAGCCUAUAAUAACCAUGCUAGAGAGGAUUAGGAUUUAUAUGAUAAGGCAUUUAGUGAAGAGGAGGGAUUCUGUUAAAAAAUGGCAUGGUCAGAUAGGUCCAGAGAUUGUGAAGUUGUUAGAGAAGAACAUUGCACUAUGGAAAGAGUACAUUGUUUUCUUAACUGGGGAUAGCCAGUUUGAAACUAGAGGUUUUCGUGGAAACAAUUUUUGUGUUGACAUGACAGCCAAUACAUGCUCUUGUAGAAGAUGGGAGUUGGUAGGUAUCCCUUGUGCACAUGCACUUUGUGUCUUGAGGGAGUCAAACCAAAAACCUGAGGAUAUUGUGGAUAAGUACUACAAGAAGCUGACCUACCUCAAUACCUACAAGCAUGUAAUCUACCCCAUGAAUGGAAAGGAUAUGUCUAAAGAUUGUGAAGUUGUUCGAGAAGAUCAUUGCACUAUGCAAGGAGUACGUUGUUGUCUUAACUGGGGACAACCUGUUUGAAACUAGAGGUUUUCAUGGAAACAAUUUUUGUGUUGACAUGACAGGCAAUACAUGCUCUUGUAGAAGAUGGGAGUUUACAGGUAUCCCUGUGCACAUGCACUUUGUGUCUUGAGGGAGUCAAACAAAAAACCUGAGGAUAUUGUGCAUAAAUACUACUAGAAGCAGACCUACAUCACUACCUACAAGCAAGUAAUCUACCCCAUGAAUUGAAUGGAUAUGUGGGAACAGACAAGCAAACCACCAAUUCAACCCCCACAUUACACUAGGAAGGGAGGGAGGCCCAAGAAAUGCAGGAGAAGGGAUGCAGAUGAGCCACCUGCUCCAAGUGAUGGAACUAAGAAAAUGAGAAGGAAUCUGAAGAAACUGAGUUGUAGAAGAUGUGGGGGAAAGGGGCACAAUGUGAGGACUUGCCCAUCUGGCUUUACAGCUCCGAGUUCCACAGAAAUACAUUGCAGUCAGCCACAAUCACGACCAAUGUUCACUAUGCCAUCACAAGCAUCACAGCCCACACCCGCAACUUCAAGAAUUCCGAAGGCCGCCUCUAGAAGGGGUGGUAUAGUUACAAGGGGAGGAGCAGCUAGAAGGGGACGUAGGUGCGGCUAUUUAAAUUUCUAUCUUGCUACUUCUAUGGUGCAGCCUUGUUUUGAUACAGUUAAUGGCUGAAAUGCCUUCUUUUGCUACUUUUAUGGCACAACCUUGUUUUGAUACUGUUUUGGAAAUGGCUUCUUUUGCUACUGUUCUUUCAGCCUUGUUUUGGCUGUAAAAGCCUUCUUUUGAUGGUAUUAUGUUGAUGCUUGUGCUACUGUUAUAUGGCUAUUCAUGCCUUGUUUUGGUACUACUUUUAUGGAACCAUUAUUUUUGUGGUA